AUGGCCCCGGCGAAGGAGAGAAAGGCUGCACCCAUAGCCAAAGCCUCGCCAUCUGCAAGUACAAAGUCCUCCAAAAUGCACCGGAGGUCGAGGUCUGGUUGCUUUACAUGUCGCCUUAGACGGAAGAAGUGUGACGAAGCAAAGCCCAAGUGCAAGGCAUGUCGAAACUUGGGACUGGAUUGUGAGUACAAGCGACCUCACUGGUGGAUUAACAAUGAAAACCGGAGGCAACAGAAAGAGCACAUCAAGACGGUCAUCAAGAGGACAAAAACGAACGAAAAAAAUGUUGCUGCUCAGAGCGCUUGUAUGUCGCUGCCUCUCCUGGUAUGCAUUCAACUUGAAGCUGACUCCACCGCAGAUGGUACUCGAGGGUCUUCCGACGACUCCCCAGAAGAUUACGAUCCAAACUUUGAUCCUUCCUUUGCGACAACGCCCGGUAUAUUCACUCCGUUUGGACCAGAAGUCUACAUGACCCACGACCCAUACAGCCAAGGGUUCCCCUGGGAGGUUGAUGUCAAGACCGAGAUGCAUACGUACGUCAACGAUGAACUCACUCGACGGGACUCGUCUAUAUCGACCUUCAGUACCUGGGUGCCCCCUCCACCUCACGCCAUGUUGCCGUCGUACACUGGUGAUGACUUCACCCAGCCAGAGCUCUAUGAGCAAAGACAAGACUCAUGGAGUGCCGAGGAUCCGGUUUCUUUCAACGUCUUCGACUUCAACCACCUAGGUCGCCAGUCUGGCCCUCAAUGCUCCAUGAUACAGCUUGACGAUUGUGACCGUCCGCUCUUCAACCACCUGCUUGACAAUGUGCUCCCACUGCUCUUCCCAGUCCUCGAGGCCAACCAGCCCGGCUCGGUGAGAGCAGACGCAGUCCUUCCUGCGCUGGAGAACAACAAGGCGUAUCUCCACUCUUGCCUGCUCGCUGCUGCCACCCACAUGAAGGACACCCGGACGAGUCUCGGUUCAAUGGUCGAUGACGAAACCAUGCGGCACAGGCUCGCAUUCGUCACCAUUGUGGUCGAUGCUCUGAACAGCGACACACAUCACAGCGAGAUCCUCGAUGCCCUACUCGGCAUGAUCUCUCUACAGGGCUGCGUCGGGUCCAGCAGCAACCCGGAGAAAGAGCUCAUUCCGUGGCACCAACACUUCCAGACAGCUGCCGACAUUGUGCAGAAGCUCGAACUCCCGGCUAUACUUGAAGGGCUGCACGUUACUGGAGGCCACCCAGCAUUCAACAUGACGUUGACCGCGUGGAUUGACAUCCUCGGCGCCACGAUGCUAGGUAAGGCCCCACGCUUUUCCAACACCUACCGCAACAUGUUCUUCGCCCAGGCCACUUCGGGGCUAGAGGACCUGAUGGGCUGCAACGACCUGGUCAUGUACCUGCUGUCCGAAGUUGCUUGCCUCGACUCCCUGAAGACGGAUGGAAGACUCGACGAUAUCGCCAUUUGUAGCCACAUCACCUCUCUCGCGCAGACGUUGGACCAGAUCGAACCCGCCGAGGGCCCGCAGAUUCCUUAUUCCAAGUCCGGGGUGCUCAAACCCAAGCAGCUGACCAAGAACAUCACCGCCAUCUUCCGCAAAGCCACCCGCGUGUACCUCUGCUCUCUGGUGCCAGAGUACAAUCGCCACCAACCAGCGACUGUCAACCUGAUCUCCCAGAUGUCGGAUCUGAUGCAGUUCAUCCCCUCGGGCCCGAACGGCUUCGACCGCAGCCUCGUGUGGCCCCUGCUGAUCUGCGGGGUCAACUCGAUCCCAGCGUCGCCCUUCCGCCGAAUGCUCGCGGACCGAUGCGAGAUGCUCGGUGAAGCGGCCGACCACGGAUCAUUUGGAAGGAUGGUCCAUCUUCUGCACGAAGUCUGGCGCUGCAACGACGACAUGAUCCUCUCUGCUGGCGUAUGUGAAGCGACCCCCGUCACCGCGGGAAGUCCGGGAGGAUCGAUAUCGACACCAAUCGCUGCGUCGGCCACGACUAGCGGCAUCAACAUCGCCCCCGCGCCGGCACCCGGGCUAUCGAUGUCGACAACGACGGCUACUAACCCUGCAGCACCGCUUUCGUCUUCUUCUAUGACCACGACAACGACAACCACAGCAACCACAGUACCAAGGAACCAGAACGUCCACUGGCGGGACGUGAUGCGCCAAAUCGGAUGGGAAUUUCUCUUGAUAUGA